AUGAAUGAACGUUUACAAUAUUUACAUAAAAAAAUUCUUGAACCUAUCGAAGGACGAAUUAUUUUUUCAACUAUUAAACCGGGUACAAGUAAUCAAGAUGUUAUUAAUGAAUUAAAUUUAGCUAUUGAAGAACGACAAGAAGGUAUUGCUGUUAAAGAUCCAUGAGAUCGUUUACGUGCUGGUAUACUUUCUCAUUUUCUUUGUUGUGCUGUUGUCAAACAAGUAAAUACAACAAAUAAUUCUGAAUAA